AUGGAGUACUCGCCAAACCAAGACCACUUAUCCUUUGUGUCCCUGUGGGGCGAGCAAUACAAAUUUGAGUAUCCCGGCGGCAUCCCCAACGGCUGGGAUGAGGGCAGCCUUAACGAACAUGUACAUGGAACUAUUCCGUCCUUCCCCUGGUCGCGCCCUGAGCAUUUUUCAAGGACACCGUCGUUUAUCUACGAAGCUUGGAGGAAGAAAAUGGACCUGCCGUGCGGAUACCCGGAGGAACUGGAUGAGGCCUCCACUGACCUGAUGGUAUCGAACGCCGAAGAUUCUACCAUUGACACUGUGAGGGCGUUCUUAGAAGAAAAGCACCUGUGGCAGUAG